AUGAGCCUCCGCCACCGCACCGUCCCGUCACAAACCGGACGGCCGUUGGCGGCGGAAGCUGCCGGAAUCGAAGAGGAGCCUUACAAUAUCAUUCCCGUCAACAAUCUCCUCGCCGACCAUCCUUCUCUCCGUUUUCCAGAGGUUCGUGCUGCCGCUGCCGCUCUUAAAACCGUCGGUGACCUUCGUCGUCCACCGUACAUUCAAUGGCGUUCCCACUACGAUCUCCUUGACUGGCUCGCUUUGUUCUUCGGGUUUCAAAAGGAUAACGUUCGUAACCAGCGUGAGCAUAUGGUGCUUCAUCUCGCUAAUGCUCAGAUGCGUCUCACGCCACCUCCGGAUAAUAUCGACUCUCUCGAUUCCGCAGUUGUUCGUCGGUUUCGAAAGAAGCUUCUAGGUAACUACUCUAGCUGGUGUUCUUAUUUGGGUAAAAAAUCGAAUAUCUGGAUCUCAGAUCGGAACCCUGAUUCACGACGGGAGCUUCUCUAUGUUGGGCUUUAUCUCCUUAUUUGGGGUGAAGCGGCGAAUCUUCGUUUCAUGCCUGAAUGUAUAUGUUACAUCUUCCAUAACAUGGCUGGGGAGCUCAACAAAAUCCUAGAGGAUUGCCUCGAUGAUAACACUGGUCAACCUUAUUUGCCUUCUCUGUCAGGUGAAAACGCUUUUCUAAACGGUGUAGUGAAACCUAUUUACGAUACUAUCAAAGCUGAGAUUGAGGAGAGCAAGAAUGGGACUGAGCCGCAUUGUAAGUGGAGGAACUACGAUGAUAUCAAUGAGUACUUCUGGACAGAUAGAUGUUUCAGCAAAUUGAAAUGGCCGCUUGAUCUGGGAAGCAAUUUCUUUAAGAGUAGAGGUAAAAGCGUUGGGAAAACUGGUUUUGUGGAGCGUAGGACGUUCUUCUACCUCUACCGUAGCUUUGAUAGGCUUUGGGUAAUGCUUGCUUUGUUCCUUCAAGCCGCCAUUAUAGUAGCUUGGGAGGAAAAGCCGGACAAAGCGUCGGUGAGAGAUCAACUGUGGAAUGCUUUGAAGUCAACAGAUGUUCAGGUUAGACUCUUGACAGUGUUUUUGACAUGGAGUGGUAUGCGACUCCUGCAGGCUGUGCUGGACGGGGCUUCACAAUAUCCCCUCAUUUCCAGAGAGACCAAACGGCUCUUUUUCAGAAUGGUUAUGAAGGUUAUAGCUGCCACAGUUUGGAUCAUAGCUUUCAUAGUCCUCUACACGAACAUCUGGAAGCAGAAAAGGCUAGACAGGCAUCAGUGGUCCAAUGCCGCAACGAACAAGAUCUACCAAUUCCUUUAUGCUGUGGUGGCCUUCUUGGUGCCUGAAAUUCUGGCUUUGGCUCUGUUUAUAAUCCCAUGGAUAAGAAACUUUUUGGAAGAGACCAAUUGGAAAAUAUUCUUUGCUUUAACUUGGUGGUUUCAGGGCAAAAGCUUUGUGGGUCGAGGUUUGAGAGAGGGUUUAGUGGACAACAUCAAGUACUCGACUUUCUGGAUCUUUGUCCUAGCAACAAAGUUCACAUUUAGCUACUUCCUGCAAGUUAAGCCAAUGAUUGAACCCUCGAAGCUGCUGUGGAACUUAAAGGAUGUAAAAUAUGAGUGGCCCCAGUUUUUUGGCAACAGCAAUAGGUUUUCUGUCGUGUUAUUGUGGUUGCCAGUUGUGUUGAUAUACCUGAUGGAUAUCCAAAUUUGGUAUGCAAUCUACUCUUCUAUUGUUGGUGCUGUCGUUGGGCUGUUUGAUCAUCUGGGGGAGAUCAGGGACAUGGAACAACUUAGGCUGAGGUUCCAAUUCUUUGCUAGCGCUAUUCAGUUCAACCUAAUGCCUGAGGAACAACUCCUGAAUGCUAGAGGCUUUGGUAACAAAUUCAAAGACGGAAUUCAUAGAUUGAAGCUAAGGUAUGGAUUUGGGCGGCCGUUUAAGAAACUCGAGUCUAAUCAGGUUGAGGCCAACAAGUUUGCAUUGAUCUGGAAUGAGAUAAUCUUAGCUUUCAGAGAAGAGGAUAUAGUUUCUGAUCGAGAAGUAGAGCUGUUGGAGCUGCCAAAGAAUUCCUGGAAUGUGAGAGUUAUUCGCUGGCCGUGUUUCUUGUUGUGCAACGAGCUUUUGCUUGCUCUGGGCCAGGGCAAAGAGCUGGUUGAUGCUCCUGAUAAAUGGCUGUGGCACAAGAUAUGCAAAAAUGAGUACAGGCGUUGUGCUGUAGUUGAGGCGUAUGACAGUAUCAAGCACCUACUGCUCUCAAUCAUCAAAGUUGACACUGAAGAACAUUCCAUAGUUGUGGUUUUCUUUCAAAUGAUCGAUGAUUCAAUUCAGUCAGAGCUCUUCACCAAGACCUUUAAAGUGGACCUUCUGCCAAAGAUUUACGAAACACUGCAAAAGUUGGUUGGAAUGUUGAAUGAUGAGAAAACGGAUAUUGGACGGGUGGUGAAUGUUUUGCAGUCUCUUUAUGAAAUUGCGACUCGACAGUUCUUUACAGUUAAGAAGACAACUGAAGAUCUUACUAGUGACGGGUUGACUCCUCGUGACCCAGCCUCAAAGCUGCUGUUUCAGAAUGCUAUUAGCCUUCCUGAUGCAAGCAAUGAAGACUUCUAUCGACAGGUUAGGCGAUUACACACAAUUCUCACUUCGAGGGAUUCCAUGCACAGUGUCCCCGUGAAUCUAGAGGCGAGACGGCGGAUUGCUUUCUUCAGCAAUUCGCUUUUCAUGAACAUGCCUCAUGCACCUCAGGUUGAGAAAAUGAUGGCGUUCAGUGUUCUGACGCCGUACUACAGCGAGGAAGUUGUUUACAGCAAAGAACAGCUCCGAAAUGAGACCGAGGAUGGGAUUUCAACCAUGUACUACCUGCAGACAAUUUAUGCUGACGAAUGGAAAAAUUUUAAGGAGCGGAUGCAUAGAGAAGGAAUAAAGACUGAUGAUGAAUUGUGGACAACCAAGCUGAGAGACAUCAGGCUUUGGGCUUCCUACAGAGGUCAGACUUUGGCACGUACUGUUCGGGGAAUGAUGUACUACUACCGGGCUCUUAAGAUGCUUGCUUUUCUUGACUCUGCGUCUGAAAUGGACAUUCGGGAGGGUGCUCAGGAGCUUGGUUCAGUGAGGAGUUUUCAGGGAGAGCUAGGUGGUCGAUUGGAUGGAGUUGAUUCUGAAAAUGACCGAUCUUCCCUAAGCAGAGCAAGUAGUUCUGUGAGUACGCUGUAUAAAGGCCAUGAGUAUGGGACUGCAUUGAUGAAAUUUACAUAUGUUGUGGCGUGCCAGAUCUAUGGGUCUCAAAAAGCAAAGAAGGAGCCUCAGGCAGAAGAGAUUCUGUAUUUGAUGAAGCAGCACGAAGCCCUCCGUAUUGCAUAUGUGGAUGAGGUGCCUGCAGGCAGAGAAGAGACUGAGUAUUACUCCGUUUUGGUGAAAUACGAUCACCGGUUGGAGAAGGAAGUGGAAAUAUUCCGUGUGAAGCUACCUGGUCCGGUGAAACUGGGCGAGGGAAAGCCAGAGAAUCAGAAUCAUGCAAUGAUUUUUACCCGUGGUGAUGCUGUUCAGACCAUUGAUAUGAACCAGGACAGCUAUUUUGAGGAGGCUCUCAAGAUGAGAAAUUUGCUCCAGGAAUUCAGACAUUAUCACGGGAUCAGAAAACCAACUAUUCUUGGUGUCCGGGAGCAUAUCUUCACAGGCUCAGUCUCGUCUCUGGCCUGGUUCAUGUCUGCUCAGGAGACAAGUUUUGUCACUCUUGGUCAGCGUGUUCUUGCAAACCCGCUGAAGGUCAGAAUGCAUUAUGGCCACCCUGAUGUAUUUGACAGAUUCUGGUUUGUGAGUCGAGGUGGCAUCAGCAAGGCUUCCAGGGUCAUAAAUAUCAGUGAGGACAUCUUCGCCGGGUUUAAUUGCACAUUGCGAGGUGGAAACGUCACCCACCACGAGUACAUUCAGGUUGGCAAGGGUCGGGAUGUUGGAUUGAAUCAGAUAUCAAUGUUUGAGGCUAAGGUAGCCAGUGGGAACGGGGAGCAGGUUCUUAGCCGAGAUGUGUACCGGCUCGGUCACAGGCUUGAUUUCUUCAGAAUGUUAUCAUUUUUCUAUACAACGGUUGGGUUUUUCUUCAACACGAUGAUGGUCAUUCUUACUGUUUACGCUUUCCUCUGGGGCCGGGUUUAUCUGGCUCUGAGCGGGGUUGAGAAGUCCGCUCUAGCAGACAGUGCAGACAGCAAUGCAGCGCUUGGGGUGAUCUUGAAUCAGCAAUUCAUCAUUCAGCUCGGUCUAUUCACAGCCCUGCCAAUGAUUGUUGAAUGGUCUCUCGAGGAGGGUUUCCUUCAAGCGAUAUGGAAUUUCAUUCGAAUGCAGAUUCAGCUUUCAUCGGUCUUCUACACAUUCUCAAUGGGGACUAGAGCUCACUAUUUUGGCCGAACCAUUCUCCAUGGUGGAGCAAAGUACAGAGCCACUGGGCGUGGAUUUGUUGUCGAGCACAAGGGAUUCACUGAGAACUACAGACUCUAUUCACGCAGUCACUUUGUGAAGGCCAUCGAGCUUGGGCUGAUCCUGAUAGUUUAUGCUUCUCACAGUCCGAUUGCCAAAAACUCAUUGAUUUACAUAGCCAUGACUAUAACCAGCUGGUUCCUUGUACUUUCAUGGAUAAUGGCUCCUUUUGUGUUUAACCCAUCAGGAUUCGACUGGCUUAAGACAGUCUACGACUUUGAAGAUUUCAUGAACUGGAUCUGGUACCAAGGCAGAAUCUCAACGAAAUCUGAACAAAGCUGGGAAAAGUGGUGGUACGAGGAACAAGACCACCUGAGAAACACUGGGUGGCCAGGAAGACUUGUGGAGAUCAUCUUAGACCUACGGUUUUUCUUCUUCCAGUACGGGAUUGUAUACCAGCUCAAAAUCGCAAGCGGAUCCACCAGCAUUUUAGUCUACGCCCUCUCAUGGAUAUACAUAUUGGCAGUGUUUGUGGUUUUCCUGGUAAUCCAAUACGCCCGUGACAAGUACUCUGCAAAAGCUCACAUACGGUACAGGCUUGUCCAAUUCCUCCUGAUCGUGCUUGGAAUACUGGUGCUAGUUGCUCUGCUCGAGUUCACGCAUUUCAGCUUUGUCGAUAUCUUCACGAGUCUUCUUGCAUUCAUCCCAACGGGCUGGGGAAUCCUGCUGAUCGCACAGGUUGCAAAGCCUAUCAUUAAGAACAGAGUUCUCUGGAACGCUGUAGUCUCUGUUGCUCGCAUGUAUGACAUACUAUUCGGGAUAGUCAUCAUGGUUCCUGUAGCAUUCUUGUCGUGGAUGCCUGGGUUUCAAUCGAUGCAAACGAGGAUCUUAUUCAAUGAAGCAUUUAGCAGAGGACUUCGCAUCAUGCAGAUUGUCACUGGGAAGAAAUCAAAAGGCGAUGGAAUCUAA